GCGUGCCCGCAUUCCAGGGGCGGAAGUCGAGCCCAGAGGCGAGGCGGGGCCGUCGCGCCUUAAUGACGUUAGCCGCCGGCGGGGGCGGGCGACGCGACCGUGCCAGUUGUCCUGUGUGCGGGGCUGAGGGGCCCCGGAGGCGGUGGGGGUUCCCGGCGGGGGCGGCGGUGGGGCGGCAGGGCCUGGACAUGGCGCCGAGGGGCCGCCCCACGGGAAGAUGAAUAAGGGCUGGUUGGAGCUGGAGAGCGACCCGGGCCUCUUCACCCUCCUGGUGGAAGAUUUUGGUGUCAAAGGGGUGCAGGUGGAGGAGAUUUAUGACCUUCAGAGCAAAUGCCAGGGCCCUGUAUAUGGAUUCAUCUUCUUGUUCAAAUGGAUCGAAGAGCGCCGGUCCCGUCGCAAGGUCUCUACCUUGGUGGAUGAUACGUCUGUGAUUGAUGAUGAUAUUGUGAAUAACAUGUUCUUUGCUCACCAGCUGAUACCCAAUUCUUGUGCCACUCAUGCCUUGCUGAGUGUGCUCUUGAACUGCAGCAAUGUGGACCUGGGGCCCACCCUGAGUCGCAUGAAGGACUUCACCAAAGGUUUCAGCCCUGAGAGCAAAGGAUAUGCAAUUGGUAAUGCCCCGGAGUUGGCCAAGGCACAUAAUAGCCAUGCCAGGCCCGAGCCACGCCACCUUCCUGAAAAGCAGAAUGGCCUUAGUGCAGUGCGGACCAUGGAGGCAUUCCACUUUGUCAGCUAUGUGCCUAUCACAGGCCGGCUCUUUGAGCUGGAUGGGCUGAAGGUCUAUCCUAUUGACCAUGGGCCCUGGGGAGAGGAUGAGGAGUGGACAGACAAGGCCCGACGAGUUAUCAUGGAGCGUAUUGGCCUCGCCACUGCAGGGGAGCCCUACCACGACAUUCGCUUCAACCUGAUGGCAGUAGUACCCGACCGCAGGAUCAAGUAUGAGGCCAGGUUGCAUGUGCUAAAGGUGAACCGUCAGACAGUGCUGGAGGCCCUGCAGCAGCUGAUUAGGAUAACACAGCCAGAGCUGAUUCAGACCCACAAAUCUCAAGAGUCACAGCUGCCCGAGGAGUCCAAGUCCAACAGCAAGUCCCCCCUGGUGUUGGAGACAAGCAGGGCCCCAUUGGCCUCUGAGAGCACCCAUACAGAUGGUACAGAGGAAGUGGCUGGUUCAUGCUCACAAGCCCCAACCCAUAGCCCUCCCAGCAAACCCAAGCUGGUGGUGAAGCCUCCUGGGAGCAGCCUGAAUGGGGUUCCCCCUACUCCCACCCCCAUCGUCCAGUGGCUGCCAGCCUUUCUAGACAAUCACAACUAUGCCAAGUCCCCCAUGCAGGAGGAGGAAGAUCUGGCAGCAGGUGUGGGUCGCAGCCGAGUUCCAGUCCGCCCACCCCAGCAAUACUCAGAUGAUGAAGAUGACUAUGAAGAUGAUGAGGAGGAGGAUAUGCAGAACACCAAUUCUGCCAUCAGGUACAAGCGGAAGGGGACUGGGAAGCCAGGGUCAUUGAGUGGUUCUGCAGAUGGGCAGCUAUCAGUUUUGCAGCCCAACACGAUCAACGUCUUGGCUGAGAAGCUCAAAGAGUCCCAGAAAGAUCUUUCAAUUCCUUUGUCCAUCAAGACUAGCAGUGGGGCUGGGAGUCCAGCUGUGGCAGUGCCCACGCACUCACAGCCCUCACCCACUCCCAGCAAUGAGAGCACAGACACGGCCUCUGAGAUUGGCAGUGCUUUCAACUCGCCACUGCGCUCACCCAUUCGCUCGGCCAACCCAACACGACCCUCCAGCCCUGUCACCUCCCACAUCUCCAAGGUGCUUUUUGGAGAGGAUGACAGCCUGCUGCGUGUUGACUGCAUACGCUACAACCGUGCUGUCCGUGACUUGGGUCCUGUCAUCAGCACAGGCCUACUGCAUCUGGCUGAGGAUGGGGUGCUGAGUCCCCUGCCGCUGACAGAGGGUGGGAAGGGUUCCUCACCCUCCAUCAGACCAAGCCAAGGCAACCAGGGAUCCAGCAGCCCAGUGGAGGUGGUGGAAGCCACAGACAGCAGAGAGAAGACUGGGCUGGUCAAGUCCGGAGAGCCCUUGAGUGGGGAGAAGUACUCACCCAAGCUGCCUCUUGGUAGUGGGGCUUUGGUGAUGGCCAGCCCCUGUCAGAGGCGCAAUGCUGGGUUUUGGCAGGAGCUGCUGGCACUGCUGAAGUGUGUGGAGGCUGAAAUUGCAAACUAUGAGGCCUGCCUCAAAGAAGAGGUGGAAAAGAGGAAGAAGUUCAAGAUUGAUGAUCAGAGAAGGACCCACAACUAUGACGAGUUCAUCUGCACCUUCAUCUCCAUGCUGGCUCAGGAAGGCAUGCUGGCCAACCUGGUGGAACAGAACAUCUCGGUGCGGCGGCGCCAAGGAGUCAGCAUUGGACGGCUCCACAAGCAGCGGAAGCCUGACCGGCGGAAACGCUCUCGCCCCUACAAGGCCAAGCGCCAGUGAGAACUGCUGGCUUUGACUCUGUAGCCCACUCUUGCCGUGUGACUCUCACCAGGACCUCCUCCCUGCCCUACUCCCCCUUUUCCCAGUAUUACUGAAUAUUUCCAGCCAGAGAGUCCAGGCCCUGGGAAUGGGAGCCAGCCACAUUGCCUACAUUGUGCCCUGGUAGGGGCAGAUCAGCCCAUAGUGCUGAGGAGGCAGCAGCUAAGAGUUGGGGCACAGUGAGGUACUGUGGCUUCUUCCAUAGCUGGCUGUGUAGUGGCAGGACCUGGCCCGUCUGCGUGGGCAGCAGAAUAUAUAUUUUACCUAUCAGAGACACCUAUUUUUCUGGGCUCCAACCCAUUUUGCACCAUGUUGACAUAGCCAGCUCUCUGUCCUAGUGGCUAUUGUGCUGAUGGGCCCAUGUCUCUGCAUCAUGCCAGGGUUACAACAUUGGAGUCACAGCUGGGGGCCUGGGUGGGCAUUGGGCCUGCUACUCUAGCCUCUGCCACCAGCCUGUCCCUAUUGUGAGGAAGCCAGGCCUACUCUCUUUAUUCCCUUUGGGAGAGUGCCAAACUCAGGGACCUGACUGCUGGGCUGGAUUGGAAGUGGGAUAUCCCAGCAGGGAUGAGAUAAGUAACUUGCUGGUUCCCUGACCUGAGCAGAGAGAAGUAUUUGAAUGAACUGUUUGAUGGCCUGUAAACUGUCCUAGUUCUAGCCAGUCUUGUUGAAACUGUGCUCCACAGCAGGGUUCUGGGGCUCUUUGCCUUCAGUGUUGUGGCCCUGGCUAUGGGCCUACUUUGGGCUCCUAGUCUCUGAUCCUGGAGCUUGAGGCUCAGAAGAGCCUCUGCCCGGCUCCUCAGUAUUACCAUACCAAGUCUCUCUUUUAGGGGUAGCAGAGACAGGGCUGCUUGCCGGAAGCCAGCACCACUCAGUCGUCCCUGCUAUGCCAGCUUCCUCAGCUUCUGUAAGGCACUCAGGGUGGGGUACAACAGGAUCAAGACAACUGUUUGGAGCCCCUGUAUUCCCAGAGGUCCUGAUGCCAAGGGAUAAUGGGCCUAACACUGCCUCUGGAGCUCAGGCCCCAAAUUUUGCCCCAUGGCCUCUGCCAGGUGGCUUUGAAGGUGAUCCAAGCAAGCCCCUAAUCUGUACAUAGUGACUGGGGGGGCUGACAGGUAUGGCAGCUGCCUCUCUAGGCUGAGCAUAACCUGAUCCCUCCAACCCCUGUAAAUACUGGAUCAAUGAAUGAAUAAAAUUCUCCUAAAAAAUGAA